AUGGAGGCGGGAGGGCCCCCUCUCUCCUCUCCGAGGGUGUGCUGCGGGUGCAGAACCCAAGGGACCUGCUGGUUCCUGCUGGUCCUGCGUCUCCCCAUCCCGGGCUGCAAAAUCAAAGCCCUACGUGCCAAGACCAACACGUACAUCAAGACACCGGUCAGGGGCGAGGAGCCUGUUUUCAUCGUGACCGGGAGGAAGGAGGACGUGGAGAUGGCGAAAAGGGAGAUCCUCUCGGCCGCCGAGCACUUCUCCAUGAUCCGAGCAACGCGCAACAAAGUGAAUGGGCUGACGGGAGCGAUGCAGGGGCCCCCCAACCUGCCGGGACAGACGACCAUCCAGGUGAGGGUCCCGUACCGUGUGGUGGGGCUGGUGGUGGGGCCCAAGGGUGCCACCAUCAAGCGGAUCCAGCAGCAGACGCACACCUACAUCGUGACGCCCAGCCGGGACAAGGAGCCCGUCUUCGAGGUGACGGGCAUGCCCGAGAACGUGGACCGGGCUCGGGAGGAGAUCGAGGCGCACAUCACCAUGCGGACCGGCUCCUUCAUCGACGUCAACGCUGACAACGACUUCCACUCCAACGGCACCGACGUCUGCCUCGACCUGCAGGGCAGCACGGCCAGCCUGUGGGCCAAGGCCCCCCACCCUGCCCGCCGCCCCUCGGCUGCCCUCCGCAACGACAGCCUCAGCUCCCUGGGCAGCGCCUCCACCGAGUCCUACUACAGCGGGCGGGUGGCGGACGCCAGCCCCACCAGUCCCUACAGCACCAGCAGCGGCUUCACCUUCAGCGAGCCCCCGGCCCCUCUGGGCUCGGAGGAGUGCGACUUCGGCUUCGAUUUCUUGGCCCUCGACCUCACGACACCCACCACCAUCUGGUCGCCCUUUGAGCGCUCAGGCAACCCCUUGCAAGCCUUCAGCAGCUGCUCCUCCAUCAACGGCUCGCAGAGACGCAACAGCGGCACGGCCACGCCGCGCCACUCACCCACCCUCCCCGAGAGCGGCGGCAUGGCCCUGGACCACCCCUUAGCGCGCCGCAUCCAGAGCGACCCCGUCAGCACCUUGUCCUGGCUGCCCACCCAAGGCUCUCUGUCCUCCUUCUCCAACAGUACCGGCUACUCCUCCUCCUCCUCCCUGCCCGGCAGCAUCUCCGCCACCUCGGGCUCGCCCACCGACUCCAGCAGCUCCGACGGGCACCGCAAGAGCUCCCGCGAGUGCAUGGUGUGCUUCGAGAGCGAGGUGAUCGCCGCCUUGGUGCCCUGCGGCCACAACCUCUUCUGCAUGGAGUGCGCCAUGCGCAUCUGCGGCAAAGCCGAGCCCGAGUGUCCUGCUUGCCACACUCCUGCCACGCAAGCCAUCCACAUCUUCUCCUAG